AUGUCUAUCGACUACACCUCAAAAACAGUCCUGAUAACUGGCGGGGCCUCGGGCCUGGGUUUCUCCUUAACAACCCACUUCCUCGCCGCAAACGCCACAGUCCUCGCCCUCGACGUCUCCGCCGACCUCUUGUCUUCGCUCCCCUCCAGGGUUCCCGAAGCCCACCACCCGCGCCUCCAUCCGAUUGAAGCAGACGUCAGCUCUUCCGAUUCUGUGUCCGCCGCAAUCUCGGCCUGGGUCGAUGGCGGCGCUGGCCGGAGGCUCGACGUGCUCGUUAACAACGCCGGGAUCUCGGACAAGAUGGAUCCCACCGGCGACUGCGACCUCGACACAUGGAACCGCCAGCUCCUCAUCAACACGACGGGGACCUUCAUCACCUCCCAGCUCGCCGUCCGUCAAUUCCUCAAGCAGGAACCCGUGGGAGGGCAGAGGGGCGUGAUCCUAAACGUCAUCAGUGCGGCGGGCUUGCACGGCGGGAGAGCGGUGUCCAAGCACGGCGCGGUCGGCCUGACCAAGAGCACGGCGGCCUUCUACGGCCCCAAGGGCAUCCGAUGUCUGGCUAUCAUGCCGGGUCCGAUGCCGACUAACAUGGUCAGAGAUGAGAACUAUGUUAAGCAGUUUCAUCAAGAGGGCUUAGCCAUGGGUAACUCGCACAAGUAA